AUGGCAAACUCCAAAUUUGAGUAUGUCAAGGACUUCGAGCAGCCGGACAUCCUGCUCCCCAAUACGUGGAUCGUGGUCCGAAUCGACGGCAGAGGUUUCCACAAGCUAUCUGAUCACUAUGCAUUCGUCAAACCGAAUGACCGCCGCGCGCUCGAUCUCAUGAAUGCCGCUGCAGUCGAGGUCAUGAAAGAGCUGCCGGAUCUAUGCAUUGCCUACGGCAUCAGUGACGAGUUCAGCUUUGUCUUCCAUCCUACCUGCCAACUCUUUGAGCGGCGGAAUGGUAAAUUGGUCACAACUAUUGUAUCAACAUUCACCGCGCAUUACAUUUACCUGUGGUCGAUAUACUUCCCGAACAAGCCCCUCCAGCCGCCAUAUCUACCCUCCUUCGAUGGAAGGGCAGUUAUCUACCCCUCCACGAGGAUCCUACGGGACUACAUGAGCUGGAGGCAGGUUGAUUGCCAUAUUAAUAACCUCUACAACACAACUUUUUGGACCAUGGUCCAACAAGGAGGAAUGAGUAACACAGAUGCAGAGCAGGAACUAAAGGGUACUGUCUCUGCGGACAAGAACGAGAUUCUCUUCAAGCGGUUCGGCAUCAACUACAAUAAUGAAGAAGAGAUUUACAAGAAAGGAAGCGUUCUGUACCGCCAGUACAAACUCCAAGAGCCAAAGUCCGCACAAGCAUCCAUGGAAGACGAUACUUCCGCACCAGAGGAAAAGCAGUCAAGAUCUCAGCAGGACAAGUUGAAGAAACUUCGUCGGAAAGCACAGGUCGUGGUUGACCAUAUCGAUAUCAUCAGAGAUGACUUCUGGGAAAGGAGGCCGUGGAUUCUAUCCAACAAGCCGGGUACACUACCUGUGGAGAACUGA